GAAUAAAAACCUGAGCAGGCAAGAAGAGGCCAGUCAGACUUUUUAACCACACACUGAAGAACAUGGACACAGACAACAAAAUCCCUGUCCUAAGAGAGGGCUUCCUGGUGAAGAGGGGCCACAUAGUUCACAAUUGGAAGGCCCGCUGGUUCGUGCUGACGCCCGAUAAGUUGCUGUACUACAAAUACGAAGGAGGGAAACGGGAUUCAUGUCAGAGAGGGAAAAUCCUGCUGAAGGACUGCCUCAUAACAUGUCCGUUCCUGGAGUAUGAGAAUCGGCCGCUUGCGUUCAAACUCCAGACCAAGCAUGGAGUAGAUCACUUUUUGGAAGCUUGUUCCAGGGAGGAGAGGGAUGAGUGGGCUGCUGACAUCACCGCCGCGCUCAACAAGCUGCAGGCAACUGACGGUGGGAAGCCGAUGAGCCAGAAAGAUUCUGCCCAAUCCCGCUUACAAAACAUCAACCUGAGCAAGGUGUUGGACUCCAUGUAUGAUGUCCACAGUGGGAUCAAGUUGAGCAACCACGUGGAGCAGGGAAGCACUUACAGCAACUGCUUUUCAGGUUCAGCGGUGGUGGACUGGCUGGUGUUCAUGCAGCUCAGUCUGACCCGUGGGGAGGCCAUGACCUUGGCCUCCGCUUUGCUCGAAGAGGGCUUCCUGCAGACCGUCGGUCAGAGGAGCGUGGAGGCCCUUCGCACUGCCAGCCUCAGUGAGCAGUUCAUGGACGACUCCACUGCCCUCUACAGCUUUUCUGACAGCUUUAAAAAAAGAGGCAGCGUGAAGUCAGAGAGGUCGCUGUCUGCAGUGGAGCUCAGUGGCAAAGUCGUAAAAAGAGGAUAUCUGCUGAAACAGGGCCACAGAAGGAAAAACUGGAAGGUGCGACUGUUUGUGUUGCGUUCGGAGCCUGACUUCCUCCAUUAUUAUGACCCCACCAAGGAUGACAUCAGCCCUGUUGGCGGCUUCUCCCUGCGAGGGUGUUUGAUAUCCUCUCUGGAUGAUAAUGGAGUUCCUUCAGGUGUGAAGGGCAACAUUCAAGGCAACUUGUUCAAAAUCAUCACAAAGUCGGACAUUCACUACUUCAUCCAGGCUCCGACUCACCAGGAGAAGAUGGACUGGAUAGAUGCGAUCAGAGAGCACACGUAGAACUGCUGUGUCCAGAAUAUUUAACAUAUGUGCAGGGAUUAACUUUUUUGAUUUUUCUGUGAAUGCACUCUCACUAUAAGGCUAAUAGACACUUUAUAUGUAGUCACCAUU